AUGGGCGGGCCAGAUAGCGUACACGCGCCGACACCACCGCGCCAGGGGCAGCAGCCUCCAAAGGCGCGCGAUCUCAAGGGCGUGUAUCCGGACGGAUCGAUCGAACCAGCCCUUCUUCAUGCCACGCAAGAGCACAUUGCUCAAAUGAAGAGAGAUAUCGAGCUGCAACUUCUCCGCGAUGUCAAGACCGUUGACCCGCCCGUUGACGCUGAUAGGGACUCGUGGAUGGCGGACCUCGAGCGUGCAUCGGUUUUGGCGGCUGAGCUCGACAAGGUGCUACCGACGUUUUUCGCCUACACAGAAGUCCCGGACCGGCCACUGGGACCCAUUCUCAGCAAGUAUCUCGGCCAAAUGGUGACCGUCUCAUUGCAGAAGAGGCUCGUAUUGCAGCCAGAGCCGCGCUUCAUCCUCGAUCAGAACACACUGCGGGGUUAUAUACAGCAGUUUGCGAACUUGCUGGUCAUAAUUACCUAUCGGAUCGAUGCCGUACGACUCGAGUUACAACAGCUUCAUGGUCUCACGCCCGAUGUACCGCCCGAAUAG